AUGCAAGAACUUAAAAGAUCUUUAGAUGCAAAAGGUCACUGUGUCCUUGAGAUGCCAUCAGGUACAGGAAAGACUGUAUCAUUGCUAUCACUCAUUAUUUCUUACCAAAAAGCCCAUCCAUUGGACACAUCAAAAUUAAUUUACUGUUCAAGAACAGUACCAGAGAUUGAAAAGGUAAUUCUCUUAUUGACGUUUUUAAAACCACUUUAACAAAAUUCAUAUUACAAUGAUUUUAUUUAGACAAACAUAAAAAAAGUUACUAAAUAUCAAAUUAUGUUUAUAAUCCUGCAAGUUAACAGCAUCCCAAUAUUUAUCAUAAUAUAUGUUAAACUGCAUAUGCUUUUGUUAUGUUUAAGACAAGUGUGGCUGUCAUUGUGUUCUUGGUAUUUAUUGUAUACAUUAUAGGAGUUUGACAGUCAUGGUAGAGAGGUACCAAUACCAUCUGGAAUUUACAGCAUUGAUGAUAUGAAAGACUAUGGUAGAGAACAUAAGUGGUGUCCAUACUAUCUGGCCAGAUAUUCUUUAUUACAUGCCAACGUGAUUGUCUACAGUUAUCAUUAUUUACUUGAUCCAAAGAUUGCUGACAUUGUAUCAAAAGAAUUUUCGAAAAAAUGUGUAAUAAUUUUUGAUGAAGCGCACAACAUAGAUAAUGUGUGCAUCGAUUCACUCAGUGUUAAUAUUACAAGAAGAAUUAUAGACAGAUGUCAAACUAAUUUAGAUUCUUUGAAAACAGAGAUAAAUAAAAUUAAAGAGAAGGAUGCUAAUCGCCUACGAGAAGAGUACAACAGACUUGUUGAAGGUCUGAGGGAAGCUAAUGUUGCCAGGGAAACUGAUGUGCAAUUAGCUAAUCCUGUAUUACCUGAUGAAAUAUUACAAGAAGCAGUACCAGGAAAUAUUCGAAACGCAGAACACUUUGUUGGAUUUAUGAAACGUUUCAGUGAAUACAUAAAAAUGCGAUUGAGGGUGCAACAUGUUGUAUCAGAAAGUCCGCCAUCUUUCCUCAAGGAUAUCUAUAGCAAAGUUUGCAUCGAAAGGAAGCCCCUCAGGUUUUGUGCUGAGAGGUUACAUUCGCUACUGAGGACCCUAGAAUUAGCAGAAUUACAUGAUUAUUCAGCCGUGACAUUAGUUGCUAAUUUUGCAACACUUGUGAGUACAUAUGCAAGAGGUUUCAGUUUAAUCAUUGAGCCGUUUGAUGACAGGACCCCAACCAUUCCAAAUCCAAUACUUCAUUUCACAUGUAUGGAUGCUUCCAUAGCUAUUAAACCAGUGUUUGACAGAUUUCAAACUGGUAUCACAUCAGGAACACUGUCACCAUUGGAUAUGUAUCCCAAGAUAUUGGAUUUUCGACCUGUAACCAUCUCAUUUACAAUGACAUUGGCCAGGAAUUGCAUAUGUCCUAUGAUUAUUGGGAGAGGCAAUGACCAGGUUGCGAUGACUUCAAAAUUUGACAGCCGGCAAGACAUUGCUGUUAUUCGUAACUAUGGUAACCUAUUAGUGGAAAUGUCUUACAUAGUGCCAGAUGGAAUUGUAUGUUUCUUCACAAGUUAUGUUUAUAUGGAAUCCAUUGUAGCUUCAUGGUAUGAGCAAGGAAUUAUUGAUAAUAUCCAGAAAAAUAAACUAUUAUUUAUUGAAACUCAAGAUGCAGCUGAGACCAGUGUUGCAUUACAUCAUUAUCAAAAGGCUUGUGAGAAUGGUAGAGGUGCUGUGUUACUCUCUGUUGCUAGGGGAAAAGUGUCAGAAGGAAUUGAUUUUGACCACCACCUUGGGAGAGCUGUGAUCAUGUUUGGUAUUCCAUAUGUAUACACACAAAGCAGGAUUCUCAAGGCACGUUUGGAGUAUUUACGAGAUCAGUAUCAGAUAAGAGAGAAUGAUUUCCUGACUUUUGAUGCCAUGAGGCAUGCAGCACAGUGUGUUGGUAGAGUCAUGCGAGGGAAAACAGAUUAUGGUAUUAUGGUAUUUGCUGAUAAAAGGUUUUCCAGAGCUGAUAAACGUGGCAAACUACCGAGAUGGAUUCAAGAAUACCUGAAGGACACUGUGUCAAACCUUUCAACUGAUGAAGCUAUACAGAUUGCAAAGAAGUUUUUACGGAUAAUGGCCCAACCAUUCAGACGAGAAGAUCAACUUGGUUUAUCUUUGCUGACCUUAGAUCAAUUACAGUCGGAAGAGAUGCAGAAAAAGAUAGAAAAGACGUCCCAUCAGCAAUGA